AUGUCCUCCAACCCACUUCCCACCAAUUCCGCUCUCGCCCUGUCGGUGCUCACCUCCCUCGGCGGCGCAAUUGGCUACGCCCGCACCGGCUCAAUUCCUUCCAUCGCCGCGGGCCUCUCCGUCGGUGCCCUCUACCUGCUCAGCUUUGCGCGCCUGCGCAGCGGCGAGACCUACGGCGAGGAGCUCGGCCUGCUGGCGUCGGCCGUGCUGGGCGGCAGCUCGAUCCCGCGCGCGAUCAAGACUGGCGGCAAGCCCGUGCCCAUGGGGCUGUCGGUGCUGGCGACAUACGGCAUUGUUGUGUUCGCACUUGCGUUCCGCGAGAAGCGCAGUGUCUAG